ACACUCAAUCCUCCUCAUUUUUAUAUACACUGUAAUAUAUUCCUUUAUCAUGGGUUCUUAUCCCGAUAUGUUCGCAGCCUUGGAUGAGUAUGAUGAUUCUGAGGCCGACGCUCAUCGUAUGAGAAUGGGUGUUAUGGUGACACUUGUUUCUUCAAGCUGCGAUGGUCAUCGUGAGUACAUUGACCGAGGUAGGGAAGAUGGUCACCAACGUUUGAUGGAUGACUAUUGGAGUCUAAAUCCAACUUACAACGCUCGCAUCUUUCAGCGUCGUUUUCGCAUGCAACCGGCUUUGUUUGAUCGAAUAAUGAAUGAUGUGGUGCGAACCGAUCCUUUCUCCGCACCAAAAAAAGAUGCAUUGAAUAAGGUAUCACUUUCUCCUCACCAAAAAGUUACUAGUGCCAUAUUCAUGCUAGCAAAUGGUUGCUCUGCCGAUUCAUUAGAUCAGUUGUGCCGUCUGGGGGAGAGCACAACUUUGUCGUGUUUGAAGAAAUUUUGUAAGGCAAUUAUCGGAACAUAUGGUUCUUGGUACUUGCGAACACCAAACCCCAGUGACCUCCACCGUCUUUUUGAGAAGGCUACAAAAAGAGGUUUUCCCGGCAUGAUUGGUUCCAUCGACUGUAUGCACUGGGAAUGGAGGAAUUGUCCUACAGCAUGGGCGGGACAGUUCACUGGCCACAAGCACAAACCAACUAUUGUGCUUGAGGCCGUUGCUUCGUACGACACAUGGAUAUGGCACGCAUUUUUCGGCACAACGGGUUCCAACAAUGACCUUAACAUACUUGCAUGCUCUCCUGUUUUUGAUGCUGUUGUUAAUGGAUGUGCUCCUCAGGUAAAUUACAUGGUCAACAAUAACAUAUACAAUCAAUGUUAUUAUUUAGCCGACGGAAUCUACCCCACAUGGGCGACUUUUGUUAAAACAAUUAGUAACCCUGACACCCCCAAGAAACGCCUCUUUGCUGCUAAGCAAGAGGCGUAUCGCAAAGAUGUGGAAAGAGCGUUUGGCAUUUUACAAACGCGAUGGGCUAUCGUACGAGGACCCGACCGAAUGUAUCAGACGCAGACAUUACGUGAUAUAAUGCUCACAUGCAUUAUUUUACACAACAUGAUCGUAGAAGAUGAGUAUGAAGAAACUGAUGAUGAUGCAAGUACUCAAGACUAUAGUGCGCAGUAUGACUAUACUGUUCCGCACAUUCAGUUUGAUCUUAAUCACGAUGCCCCGACUUUGCACGACUACAUGAUGCGACAUAACCGCAUCAGGAGCACUGCGGUGCACACUACUCUUAAAAAUGAUCUCGUGAAUCAUUUGUGGGGCCAUCACGGGAACGACGUGUGGUGGGCUACUUUUAUGUUAUUUACUGUUUUUCAUUCGUUUGAGUUGAAGAAUGCUACUACUGUUGCUAGCUUUUCCCAUUAUAGUAAUGUAUUAGGAUUUCUUCCUCUUUUUUAAUUAAUUAUCGUACCAAAUAUUAUGUGUGUUUCUAGUAAUUGAUCGUUGGUAUUUUAAU